AGCAGGGAGGGAAACAUCCUGCUGAAGAGAAAGGUGGAGCUGAAAGUCAGAGUCUGUCAGGUGGAGGUGGAGGAGGGGGCGGAGUCUGUCCAGCUGCCCUUCAACACCACACAAAACCUGCCUGAAGAUGCUGAAGUGGUGUGGUGGCAUUAUGAUCCAUUAAUGUUGGCCCACCUAUAUAAGAACGGCUCUGACCAGCCUGAAGAACAGCACCAGGUUUACAGAGACCGAACGAAGAUGAAUGAAGACCUGCUGAAAACUGGAGACCUCAGUCUGACCCUGAAACACCCCACAGAGAGAGACAGUGGGAGAUACAGGUGUAGAGUCUACAUUGAGAGGAUCUCCAGAUUCAAAACAGUGCUGCUCAAGGUCAAAGGGAGAGUUCAGGUCCAGGAUCAAACAGGGGACAUCAGGAACAGAAGCAGCUCCAUUGAUCCGACUCCUCUGAUGGCUGAUCAAUCAGUUUGAUCUGUUCUCAUCCACAUCACAUCUUAUGUCAUCUAGGGCAAUACACCUAGGAAAGAAUCUUCUGGCAUGCCUGAUCCAUCCCUGGCAAUCUUCUGCUGAUAUCUCCAGGCAUCCAGCAUUCAUUGCAUCCAGGAGGGACAUUUGAUCAUGUGGAUGAUGGUCGUAAACCUUCCACCGCCAUGAGGAAAAGAAUUCCUCUAUGGGGUUGAAGAAUGGAGAGUAAGGUGGGAGGAAAAGAGACUCCAUUCUGGGAUGGGCUGCAAACCACUCGGUGACUGCACGGGAGUGAUGAAAUGCCACCUUGUCCCAUACAAUUAUAAAUGUUGGCUGAUUCCUUCUAGAGAUGGACCGAUCCGAUAUUACGUAUCGGUAUCGGUCCGAUACUGACCUAAAUUACUGGAUCGGAUAUCGGAGAGAAAUAAAAAAUGUAAUCCGAUCCAUUAAAUAUCAAAAAAACACCU